AUGGAAGGAGCGGCGGCGGCGACCGGAGGGAGCGCUGUGUCCCGGCCAGGCCUCGCCUUGUAUCCGGCGGAAAAGCAGCAGCACUGCGCCCCGGAGGAGGGGCGGGCUGGACUCUCGGACGCCUGGGUCCCUUGGAGGGAGGCAUCGCGGUCCCCCCCCUUCCUUGUUUUCAAGAGAGGCGGGCAUUCCUGCUGGGGCCUCCUUUCCUGGGGGGCAGUAGUUUCCCGGACUAGGUUGGGGGGGAGGACAGCGCCGGGAUGGCGGGGCGAGGGGGGGGGUCAGGCCCCCGGCUGCCUCGGUGCGCCCUGAUCCUGCCUGGAGGAAGCGGGAGGGGCAAAGGCGCUUGAAAUGGGUUUCCCCGCUUGCAGAUCGAAAGGGGAUUUCAGCUCCUGCCCAAAUACCCGCCUCUGACGUGCCAGAAGUGCAAAAGCCUCGCCCAGUCCUGCAACUGAAACCCGGAUGGACACCGUAAAAAUAAAAUAGAAACGGGUCCUGGGCUGCAGGUUCAUAUGAGAAGUGCGAUUAGGACCCGGAAGGUUGAGCACUCUUGCUGGGUGGGGUGGGGGGCGGGGCGGGGGCCGGAGUCCCUGCUCACUUGCAAGGGUGUUGCUGAAGGGACUCUAAGCGCAGACCCACCACAUGCAUUUGAAUGAAUUGCACAUGUGCUAAGUUGCAUUCUGAAUGGGACGUGAGUGGCGCUGUGGGUUAAACCACAGAGCCUAGGGCUUGCCGAUCAGAAGGUCGGCGGUUCGAAUCCCCGUGACGGGGUGAGCUCCCGUUGCUCGGUCCCUGCUCCUGCCAACCUAGCAGUUCGGAAGCACGUCAAAGUGCAAGCAGAUAAAUAGGGACCGCUCCGGCGGGAAGGUAAACAGCAUUUCCGUGCGCUGCUCUGGUUUGCCAGAAGCGGCUUAGUCAUGUUGGCCACAUGACCCGGAAGCUGUACGCCGGCUCCCUUGGCCAAUAAAGCGAGAUGAGCGCCGCAACCCCAGAGUCAGCCACAACUGGACCUAAUGGUCAGGAGUCCCUUUACCUUUACCUUUACCUAAGUUGCAUUUCUAGAGCUGCUGGGAAAUCAAGGUGAUGGGUUGCUAGGGUUUCACCCGCAUAGUAUUAUGGGCACUUUGUAGCUUUGUGAGGGGUAAGCUACAGUGCCCAGGAUUCCUUGUGAAGAGAGAAAUGGGGAUAAGUUGCCCUUUAAUGCUUUUUGACCCCUAACUGCAAAUAGGACAGAAUGGUGACUGAGUGGGGUGAAGGGAAAGAGGUAGGAAGGCCUUGAAUGAAAUCCACGUGCCCUGGGCCCCUUCAUGUUCUAGUUAUAACACAUUUCCCCCUGCUUCCCCCUCUUAAAAAAGUAAACGAAAGAGGUCGGCACAAAAGUGGCCCCCUCUGCCCUCCACCCUGCAAUUUGAACAUUGGUCUUGAGUUUUCUCCCAUCCACAGUCAUGGAGAAGCAGGGAUUCUAAUCCGUGUCAGAGUUCCACAGUCAAAAACCAGGGACUAGAAGCUCUCCCAGAAAUAUUAAACAUAGAAUACAAAGGUGACUUUGAAUAAGAGAGAGUGUCUCUUGUUGGAAAGGUGGGCAGUGUGUGCCUGUGGGGGGGGGGUUAUUGUACGUUUUAUGCUCCUUAUCGCUACCCCCAACAUCAGUGAGCUGAAGAUCCCUUUCCCAUCAUCAUCAUUGGCCCAGAUUGCGCUGGGCUCCCUGGCCCCUGACCCUGAGCCCCGCAAAGAAGGGAUCAGCAAGGAACUGGACGUGACGGAGGACAUCUUGCAUGUGUGAGUAUUGGCCAGGCGCCCCCUUCUGCAAGAGGCAAGGUGUGGUGGCAGUCGGGGCGCAUGGUGGGCUCUUGAGUCCUGGGUGCAGCCUGCAGGAAGGUCUCCUGCACAAGCUGCAGGAGGAUGAGAGACAAGGUGGCGCCGUAAUGGAUGGCAUGUUGGACUUGAACCAGGGUUUAAACAACAGCAACAGUUUUAUUAUUUGUACCCCGCCCAUCUGACCAGGUUGCCCCAGCCACUCUGGGCAGCUUCCAAUAGAUAUAAAAACAUAAAACAUUUAAAACUUCUCUAUACAGGGCUGCUUUUAGAUAUCUUCUAGAAGUUGUUUAUUUAUCUUCUUGACAUAUGAUGGGAGGACGUUCCACAGGGCGGGUACACCACCAAGGAGGCCCUCUGCCUGGAUCUCUGUAACCUCAUUUCUCACAGGAGGGAACUGCCAGAAGGCCCUUGGAGCUGAACCCUUUUGAAUGAGUCUGUUUCUUGGCCUGACCUACCCCGCAGGGCUGUUUUGAGCAUAACGUGGAGGAAGAGUGGGGUGCAAGUAAAAUAAAGUGGUGUGCUGAGCAAGAUGUGUGUUUUGAUCCGUGUGCUUCUGCACACAUGACAACUUCCUGGGGAACGUAGGAAUCUGCCUACCAUCCAUUUAGCACCAUCUGCAGUUUUUCAGCUGGACAGACAGGCGUAGCUCCCAGACCUACCAGGGAUUGACCAUCUGCAUGCACAGUGGCUGCUCUCCUACUGAGUUGGGCCCUUUCUGCACCCCGACCUUCUGUUGUCUCCCCUUGCUGACUUAGCUGCCAAAAUCAUUCAUCUCUCACAGCACUCCCAUAACAUGAUGCUUCUCCCUGCCUGCUCCUGGAUGCAUCACAAACGCCUUGCUCUUGCCUUCAGAGCCCUUUGUGGCCAUGCUUUCCCAUCCUUAGGACAGCAUUCUUGUAUCCUGAUAUGUCUCUGCCUGUGAUCUUUGCUCCUCAACAUCUAGACGUCUUCUGUUCCUCGAAACAAGUCUGCCUUUUCCUCCCUGGUGCCCCAUAUGCCUGGUACCCCCUCUCAGAACCCUUCUGUGCAUCCUCCUCGCUUAUUUCCUUCAAGCCCUCCCUCCCAUCACCUUUCCCAUGAAGCCCUUGGAGCAGGGACACUGCAGCAGCCAGGCCUCUAACUAGAGCUCAGCACUUGUCAGUCAAAUCAUCGCCUCCUUUGCCUGCUCCUACGUCCCUCUCCUUCCUCUGUUGUGUCAAAUUUUAAACUGUAAGCCUCUCAGGGCAGAGAUCUGUUCCCUUGAAUUUUAUGUAAAGUGCUAUACAAGCUGAUGAUACUAUACAGGUGAAACUCGGAAAAUUAGAAUAUCGUGGAAAAGUUCAUUUAUUUCAGUAAUUCAACUGAAAAGUUGAAACUAAUAUAUGAGAUAGACUCAUGACAUGCAAAGCAAGAUAUGUCAAGCUUUUAUUUGUUAUAAUUGUGAUGAUUAUGGCAUACAGCUGAUGAAAACCCCAAAUUAACAAUCUCAGAAAAUUAGAAAAUUAAAUGAAAUCAGCAAAUCAAGGAUUGCAAAUAGAGCAAUAUUGGAUCAAUUACUGCCUCAAUGUGGCGUGGCAUGAAUGCUAUCAGCCUGUGGCACUGCUGAGGUGUUAUGGAAGACCAGGACGCUUCAAUAGCAGCCUUCAGCUCUUCUGCAUUGCUCAGUCUCAUGUCUCUCAUCUUUCUCUUGGCAAUGCCCCAUAGAUUCUCUAUGGGGUUCAGGUCGGAUGAGUUUGCUGGCCAAUCAAGCACAGUAAUCCCAUGGGCAUUGAACCAGGUUUUGGUACUUUUGGCAGUGUGGGCAGGGGCCAAGGUCCUGCUGGAAAAUGAAGUCAGCACCCCCAUAAAGUUCGUCUGCGGAAGGAAGCAUGAAGUGCUCCAAAAUCUCCUGGUAGACGGCUGUGUUGACCCUGGGCUUAAUGAAGCACAGUGGACCAACACCAGCUGAUGACAUGGCUACCCAAAUCUCUUUUCUGAUGAGAGCAGCUUUUGCAUCUCAUUUGGAAACCAAGGACCCAGAGUCUGGAGGAAGAAUGGGAGAAUGGAAGAAUGAAGUCCACUGUGAAGUUUCCACAGUCUGUGUUGGUUUGGGGAGCCAUGUCAUCAGCUGGUGUUGGUCCACUGUGCUUCAUUAAGUCCAGGGUCAACGCAGCCGUCCAGCAGGAGAUUUAGUUAGAGACAGCAGCCAGGCCUCUAACUAAACCUCAGCACUUGUCAGUCGAAUCAUCGCCUCCUUCGCCUGACCCCACGUCCCUUUCCUUUCUCUGUUGUGCCAAAUUUUAAAUUGUAAGCCUGUCAGGGCAGAGAUCUAUCCCCUCGUAUUUUCUGUAAAGUCCUAUACAAGCUGACGAUACUAUAUGGAGGAGGAGGAUAAUAAGAAUAAUUCCUCCCUUCCUCUCUGUUCUGUACUUUGCAUUCAGGUAGUGCUAUAAUAAUAAUUAAGUGAAACAGUAUAUUUUCUGGCAUCCAAAUGUAUUGGACCAGGUGCCCAGUGUCUGCCCAAGAGUAAAAGGGAAGCACAAGGACUGGAAUAGAAUGAGGAUAUUGGCGGAAGGAGUGGCAUGUUCAUUGGACUCUUAAGUGUAGUGCAAGUGUUGACAUUUUAUGUUCCAGUCUGCACAAUAUAUAUAUAUAUAUUAUUUUUUUGCAGUCGAUGGAGAGCGGAUGAAGCCCGGAUUCUGCGUGUGUCCAUCAGCUCCUUCCUGGAGCAUCUCUGCUUGGUGGUGGAAACGAUGGACCUCUUUGGGCCUCCUGUGGCUUGA